GCCAUUAACACGGCCCAAAAUGUCUAAACUUCCCUAAAUCCUUAAAAAGAAAACCAGUAGCAGGGUUUUUGGGAUUCAUCUCUGCAGCACUGGUUCGAAGAUCCCUGCAGCACCUAAACUUCGGGUUUGAAGAUGGCUUACUCUCGCGGACGCGAUUUCUUGUACUGUCAUUUGUGUGGGACAAUGCUCACUGUCCCUUCCCCUAAGUUCGCUGAAUGUCCCUUAUGCAAAACUCGUCAAAACAUAGAUGAUAUUCGUGAUCGUGAAAUAAGUUACACAAUUUCUGCUGAGGAUAUCAGAAGAGAGCUUGGAAUUGAAAUAAUUGAGGAACAGAAGGUGCAAUUGUCUAAGGUCAACAAGAAAUGUGAAAAAUGUGGUCAUGAUGAAGCUACCUUUUAUACUAGACAGCGGAUGAAGGGCAAACUACUUUCUACACAUGUACUCGCUGUGGUCAUCAAUUUCAGGAGAAUUAAGUUGCUACUGUUGUAGCUUAGUGAAAUAUGUGUAAUUUAUGGAUGCCUUUUUAAAGUUUAUUUGCUACUGUUGUAGCUUAGUGAAAUAUGUGGAAUUUAUGGAUGCUUUUUUGAAGUAUAUCUUAUUUAAUAGUGAUUUUG